UAACGCGUUAUUUCAACUCCUCUCCCCGAUCUCCGAGCAAUAAAAAAAGAAAAAAGAAGAAGAAGAGGAGGAGUUUGGCAUCAUACCGGGCCAUGGAACUCGCCGGUUUCCACAGAGCGCACGUGACUACGACACGUGGGUAGGCUGUAAAGCGAACCCCCGCGUCCCCCGCCAGCCGUCCACUAUUUCUGGUUUCCACUUCCACCGGUGGUUGCCUUCUCUCUCUCUCUCUCUGUGUCUCUCCCUCGCCACCUCCGGACUCUGACUCGCCCACCAGUUUGAUAACAACCAUUUUUCUCAAUCGUUCUGGCCAUCGAGCAAAUCACCAUCUUUUUCAAUCGUUUUGGCCAUUGAGCAAAUCACCAUCUUUCAUCUCUCUCUCAUAUUUAGUUUGGUUUUGCUGGAAAUGGAACAGUAGAGAGCUGCAUAUGAAGCUUCUCUGACGUAGCUAAAGCUCACAAAUGGCGACUUGUCAAGAGUUUUCAAGGCAAAACUCAGCAUGACUCGUAUCCAUGCACAUUCUCCCAUUGUCCGCCACCACCAUCACUCAAUUCAUCAGAUAAAAAUGGCAUCUUUAUCAUGGCGUUCCAAGCCCAGAUUCUUCUACCUCUCUGUUUUUGUCCUCCUCUGCUUCUUUCUCACUGCCUCGGCCCAACAGCUUUCCCCCUCCCAAUCUAAGACCCUCCUCCGCCUCCAGCGGCUCCUCGAGUUCCCUCCCGCGCUCGCCGGAUUGACCAACUACACCAACUUCUGCUUCCUCCCUCCCUCCCCCUCCCUCUCUGUCGCCUGCUCCGGCGACCGCAUCACCCAGCUCGCUAUCGUCGGCGGCCGCCGGAUCCCCCUGCCCUCCAGCUUCUCCUCCGAUUCCCUGUUCACCACCCUUUCGAGGCUCCCCAGCUUGACCGUCCUCUCCCUGGUAUCACUCGGUAUCUGGGGACCGCUGCCCGGGAAGGUGGAUCGCUUCGCCUCCCUCAAAGUCCUCAACUUGAGCUCCAACUUCCUCCACGGCGCGAUCCCUCUGGAGAUUUCGACCAUGUCCAGCCUCCAAAAUCUCGUCUUGGCGGGGAACUCCUUCAACGGAACGAUUCCCGACCUCAAAAAAUCCUUGCCGAUUCUCGCCGAGUUGGACUUGGGCGGCAACCGCCUCGGCCCCGACUUCCCCUCCCUCGGCGAGAGUCUCGUGACUCUGGUCCUCAAAAACAACAGCUUUAGCGGCAAAAUCCCGGCGGGACUAGCAGCACUCGAUCAGCUGCAGAAGCUGGAUGCGGCUUCCAAUCACUUCGUCGGCUGGAUUCCGCCCUUCCUGUUUUCACUGCCAUCUAUUCGAUACUUGGAUCUGUCCGCGAACCAUCUCGCCGGGCAACUUCCGGCGAACCUGUCUUGCAGCGGCGAUCUGGGAUACGUCGACAUCUCCAACAAUCUUUUGAUCGGAGGACUGCCUCGCUGCAUCCGCUCGAAUUCUUCGAGCCUGGUGGUGCUGAAUUCGGGGAACUGCAUGACUUCUGGGGAUUCGAGGUACCAGCGCUCGAAUUCUUAUUGCAACGCUGGGGCGCUGGCGGCCAUUCUGCCUCCAGCUGAUGAGAAGAGCAGAUCGAAGAGCAAGCUGGGCCUUAUAUUCGGCAUUGCCGGAGGUGUCGUGGGUGGCGCAGUGCUGUUGGGUCUAGUACUUUUCUUGGUUUCAAGGACGAGGAGAGCAGGAGCGAAUCCAGAGAGCAGCAUGUUCCAGAAAUCCAUUGCGAGAAAAACUCAGGUUCAAGCCUCUCCAAGAAGAACUCCUGCAGAGACACGGCACAUGUCUCAAGCAGCGAGUGUAGCUACACUUGGGCUGACUCCCUAUCGUGUUUUUAGCAUCGAAGAACUCGAGGAAGCAACCGAUACAUUCGACCCAUCAAAUUUGAUCGAGGAUGGUCCGCGAGGACAGUUCUACAGGGGUUGGCUUCAGGAUGGCUCUAUGGCUGUGGUGAGAUGUUUGAAGUUGAAACCAAAGCAUUCUCUUCAAAGCCUACUGAAGUGCAUGGAUCUCAUUUCAAAGCUCAGGCACCGUCAUUUGGUCAGCAUUUUGGGGCAUUGCAUUGUUAGUGGCCAGGAUGGUGCUAACGCAGCAAGUACUGUCUUGCUUGUUUUUGAGCAUGUCCAAAAUGGAACUUUAAGGAGUCAUCUUACUGAGUGGAGAAAGCGCGAGAUGAUGAAAUGGCCGCAGAGAGUAUCAGCAGUUAUUGGGGUUGCAAGGGGAAUUCAGUUCUUGCACACAGUGACAGUUCCUGGUAUUGUUGGAAAUGAUCUCAACAUCGAAAAUAUUUUGUUGGACCAAACUCUUACUACAAAAAUUAGGAAUUAUAAUCUUCCAGUGCUGCUGAAGAAUAAGAACAACAAGGUAGGUUCUGAAAGCCCUUUCGCCAAAAUGGAAGAUAGCGACUUUGGCAGCAUUCAGAGUUUGGAUCAUGGUGAAAAAGAAGAUAUUUAUCAGCUGGGCCUGAUUCUUUUAGAAAUUAUCACGGGCAAACCUGCAGAAUCCCAAAGCGAAUUGGAUUCUCUGAAAGUUCAGCUCCAGAAAAGCUUAACCGAUGGCCCGGCAAAGCUGAAAGGAAUGGCCGACCCUGCCAUUUGCGGCACCUUUGCUCUUGGCUCCUUGAAAACGGCAGUUGAAAUUACCUUGAACUGUAUAUCUGAAGAUCCCAGCAUGCGUCCCUCGAUCGAUGAUGUUCUCUGGAACCUACAGUAUUCUGUGCAAGUCCAGGAUGGAUGGGGCAGCAGCGAGAAUCUCAGCACCCAAUCCUAGAUCUUGAGGUGUAUUUGCUUUCAAUUUUUUCGCCCAUAUUUGUUUUAUUCUGUCUGUACUUUCAAUCUGUGAUAACCUUGCUACCAGUAGAGGUCAUGCAAGUAGCUAUUUGUAUAUUUAGUCUGUAUGUGCAACUCACAGAAGCCAUGAGUGAAGUUAAAUAUUUAUAGAAGUGAUCAAAAUCUUAGCGUGA